GUGACCUUUAUGUGCAAAUAUUUACCAGUCGGUUUGAUCAAAUAUGUUUUUCUUGCCUGUCCGGAUACAUUCAAGUUCAACGUCAAGGCACAUUGUCAAACUUUCAAGCUUCAAAAUUGGUUUAGAUGACCUAACGAUUGUCACGCCACCAACCAACAACGCAGUCCGUUUGGAUCCGAAAAUCGAGUCAAACCGAAGCGCCGAAGCCAUGCUUCUCGGUCGCGCGCAAGUGUUGCUCUUUUUAAAAUUUCAAUCGACUUUGUCGGUUGCUGAUUCGUGAAUCAUUUGAUAGUGAUACCGCGUGCCGAAAAGGUGUGAGCUCUCCGGGACUAGGCGCGGGUGGUUGCCGAAGAAAACAAACCAUAGCUCGAUGGACGCCAGCGUAAAAAUCGCUGCGUUUGUUUACUAUUCGGUGCUUUUUGGACAUGUUGGUUCAGUGGUUUCGUCAACCAAAGAUGGUGACAUCAAGCUGCCGAAGCUGUUUGAAUACGAUGACUUCGACGAGUGCAAAAACGGAAACCCCAGAUUUCGAUACUGUGUCGUGCAAGCUGUUAUUGAACCCGAUGACUCCCCUUUGUGGCAGAAUAUUAGUCUGAUUUCAGCCGAUAGACGAAAUUUUCCACAUGAUCAUUUAGAGAGAGGUUUAUGUCUUCAAAAUUGUUUGAACCGAAUCGCAGUUCUUCGUCAUGUAGAUAACAGUUUCAUAAAAUCGAAUUUGAUUUCGAAGCAGCAGCAAGAAUUUUAUUUGAAACAGUGCGUGAACUUGGAGCUGGAAAAUUCUUUUAACUUGCAUGCCGCCAUGACUGUACUGAAUUGCAUCAGCGAGGAUAAUUUUCAAUCAUCUUUGAGUUCUUACGAGCUACUUUUUAUUGGAAUGGUGUUAUUGAUCAUAUCGCUGGUCUCCAUUGCUACAGUGAAGGAUUUUAGGGGGAAUUUUGUGACUAAAUAUGAUGCUCUCAUUCAACCAUUCUCAAUUCCUCGCAAUGUUCGCAAACUGUUGGACUGCGCCAGAGUUGACGGUAAUCUAGCGUUUCUUGACGGAUUUCGUGUAAUACACACCAUGAUUAUCUUCGUCGUUCAUUCAUCGUUGCCAAUGAUUCGAAUGCCGCUCAAAAAUGUCUAUGAUUUGGAAGAACAAACAAACAGCCUAAUUUUCCCCAUCAUCAACUCCUUGAACACACACAUGAUCACAUUUUUCUUCGCACUCGGCGGAAUGGUGCUAUCGGUCGGAUUCCUGAAACACAUUGACGAAGCCAAAGGGUUCACGCUCCGUUACCAAUGGAAGAAACUGCUUCAUCGUUUGGCGCGACUAUUGCCCGUCUAUGCGUUCGUCAUUUUCUACCAGGCCACGGUUUUUAGGCGAACGAAACAAACUCCAGUGUCGUUCAAAUUUGAAGACUAUUGCAGCAAUCAUUGGUGGUCAAACCUAUUGAUGAUCAACAAUUUCGUGCAUUUGAAGGAACCGUGUCUACAGUACGGAUGGUAUCUGGGUGCCGAUUUCCAGCUGUUUCUAAUUGGAACGGGCAUCAUGACAUUGAUCUGGAGGUUUCCGCGUUUUAAAAAGACUCUCGUCGGAGUAAUGCUAAUAGUAGCUUUUGUGGUACCGGCAGCUGUAAUCUACUUAGAAAAACUUGAUGCAACUAUGUCGUUCGAUAUGAGACAUGCCCUCAACCAGCUUCGUGAAUACAAAGAGUUUUUAGUAUAUUACACUCCAUUCUACACCAAUGCUGGGACGUAUUUCUUUGGGAUGAUUGCAGGAAUGGUAUACCAUCACGUUUCGAAGAACAACCUGCAGUCUACUGCACAGCUCCAUACGCAGCAAGCGUUCCGCUACAUUUCCGUACUACUUAUUGCGUUGAGUGGAUUUCUAGCGGUUCUUCCGUUUAUAGAAGAACAAAAGCCAUCACUUUUUCUCUCUGUCUACGGAUCGGCGCUGAAGGCAGCGUGGGGAAUCGGGCAUGCCACUGUAUUCGUGUUGUACGCCUUCAAGACGAAUUCCAUACAGGUUGCCUUUCUGGAACAUCCCGUACUCCGAGUGCUGGCGAAGCUCAGCUACUGUAUCUACAUAGUGCAGUACUCGGUCAUCCACGUGGUUUACAGUAACCUCAGCGUACCUAUCCGGUACGAUAUGUUCAAUACGGUGUUGGUAACAUCAGCCAGCUUCCUCAUCACAUUUUGCUGCGCGGUUUGUCUUCACUUAGCUGUUGAGGUACCGGUUGCUUCUGUUUUGAAGCAAGUGAUAGACGGUAAGCUGAGGAUACAUGGCCUCGUACAAAAAGAUCAAAAGAUGUCUUAACCAUGGCAGCCGACGGUCACGUUAUCAUAAGUAAUUUUAUUCAAAAUUUGAAUAAGAAAGAGUUUAUACUAUAGUUUGCGAUAACAGAUGCUAAUUCGUUAACUAUUUUGUACACGAAUAGAUUUGUUGAUCUUGGAGCAAUGUACAGUUGGAUAGAAAUGUCAGCUCUUGUGCCUUCUUUGGUUAAAGAAGAGACCUGAAGGUAGACUUAGAUAGUUGAUUCUCAAAAUGUAUAUAUGUGUAUAUAAACAUUAUUUAGCGAUAAAACAAGAACAUGAUUUGAGAUAUAAUCACAGACAAACAGAUGUAUCACUUGGAACAAAUUGCGAUAAAAAUCAUCGUCACAAAAACAUAAUCGCUCAAUGCUAACCAAGCUGUGUUACGCAAACCACUCAGUAGGUGGCGGUAGUGAGCAAACGUCAAACA